CCCGUGCUGUCACCAUGGCGCACAUGCGCACUCCUGCAUGCCGGCUUCGCCGUCAUCAUCCACCAUGGCAGACAGAGCAGAGCUGGAGCAGGCGGUCGCCCAGCAGGGAGAGAGAGUCCGGAGCCUGAAGCAGAGUAAGGCCAGCUCGGAGCAGAUUGCAGAAGAAAUCGCAAAGCUGCUAGAACUGAAGGCACAACUGGGGACCGAUGAUGGGAAGCACAAAUUUGUUCUCAAGACGCCCAAGGGCACAAGGGAUUAUAAUCCCAAACAGAUGGCCAUCCGGGAGAAGGUUUUCGAUACCAUUAUCCACUGUUUUAAACGUCACGGUGCCGAGACCAUUGACACUCCCGUGUUUGAGCUGAAGGAAACACUAACUGGAAAAUACGGGGAAGAUUCCAAACUUAUUUAUGACCUGAAAGAUCAGGGCGGGGAAUUGCUGUCUCUGCGUUACGAUCUCACAGUCCCAUUUGCCCGUUACUUAGCAAUGAAUAAAAUUACCAACAUUAAGCGCUACCAUAUUGCCAAAGUCUACAGAAGGGAUAACCCAGCUAUGACCAGGGGGCGCUACCGAGAGUUUUACCAGUGUGAUUUUGACAUUGCUGGACAGUACGACCCCAUGAUUCCUGACGCUGAGUGCCUGAAGAUUGUUCAUGAGAUCCUCAGUGAGCUGGAGCUGGGAGAAUUUCUCAUUAAGGUGAAUGACAGGAGGAUCCUGGACGGCAUGUUUGCAGUUUGCGGAGUACCUGACAGUAAGUUCCGCACAAUCUGCUCAUCCGUGGACAAAUUAGAUAAGACCCCCUGGGAGGAGGUAAAAACGGAGAUGGUGGGAGAGAAGGGCCUUGCCCCUGAGGCUGCUGACUGCAUUGGGGAAUAUGUACAAAACAAUGGUGGGCUGACUCUAAUUGAGAAACUGCUGAAGGAUCCCAAGCUCUCACAGAACAAGCAGGCGCUGGAUGGAUUAAAUGACAUGAAGAUCCUAUUUCAGUACCUGGAACUAUUUGGUGUCACUGAUAAGAUCUCUUUUGACCUCAGCUUGGCCCGUGGCUUGGACUAUUAUACCGGAGUCAUUUAUGAAGCAAUUCUGCUCCCGCACCAAGGAAAGCAGCCCCAGAAUGACAACGCGGAGGAAUCGGUCAGCGUCGGCAGUGUGGCCGGAGGAGGACGAUAUGAUGGCCUGGUGGGGAUGUUUGACCCGAAGGGCAGGAAGGUUCCGUGUGUGGGGGUCAGCAUCGGAAUUGAAAGGAUAUUCUCGAUCAUGGAACAAAAAGCAGAGGCUUCUGAAGAAAAGAUUAGGACCACAGGGACCCAAAUACUGGUGGCAGCAGCCCAGAAGAAGCUUCUAGAGGAAAGGAUGAAGCUGAUUGCAGAACUGUGGAAUGCUGGGAUCAAGGCCGAAAUGUUGUAUAAGAAAAAUCCAAAGUUGCUUAAUCAGCUCCAGUACUGUGAGGAGACCGGCAUUCCCCUGGUAGCUAUUAUUGGGGAGCAGGAGCUAAAAGACGGAUUGGUGAAACUCAGGAUUGUAUCUACAAGGGAAGAGGUGGAUGUUGCCAGGCAAAAUUUGGUGGAAGAAAUUCACAGGAGAACCAACUUGUUAUAAGACCCUUUCCCAAGGGUCCAGUUGUAUAUUCGGGUCCACUUGUCUCUGGUAUUCUGUGGUUUCCAGCUUUUAGUGUUAGACACCUGCAUACAUUGUACAUUUCCUCAGCUUCUCUGUUCAGAAAAGGGACGAUGUUGUGUAAUAAAGCAUGUGUUACUGGGUAA